GCGAGCAGCGCAGCAGCACCGAGCGGGACGGGACCCGAGGGCAUCGCGGUGGGCACGGCGUGACCCCGAGCUGCCGCCCCGGUGGGCAGGGGGCCGGCGUGACACACCGGGGGAAGCCCAGCAGCACCACGGCUCCGAUCCCGCUCGGCUGAACCCCAAAAUCUCAGCUUCCCCAGGAGCCCCGCGCGGCGUCUGUGAGGGACGGCUGGAUGAGGAUCAUCCGCACCCCCAGCCUCCACCAGCUGCCCCCCUGGUGCUCCUGCCACGCUGCCUGCCCGCAGGGUACCCCGUCCCCAUGAGCAUCACCUCGGCGGCUCCCUGUCACCCGCCGGGACCUGCAGCCAGCACCUCGCCAGGGUACCGGGGGCCCGGUACCGCAGCCCCCGUGGCUGCCCGCAGCCCCUGCUGAGCUGGAUGUGGCGCUGGGACGGGGACACGGCUCGGCAGGAUGGCGACAGCAGGGUGGUACCACCGCGACAUCAGCCAGGUGGUGGCCGAGGAGCUGCUGGGCCAGGCUGGGCGGGACGGCUCCUUCCUGGUGCGGGACAGCGAGUCGGUGAAGGGGGCGUAUGCCCUGUGCCUGCUCUUCCAGAGGCACGUCUACACCUACCGCAUCCUCCGCGAUGACGAGGGGCUGCUCUCCGUGCAGACCAUCCAGGGCAUCCAAGCCAAGUGUUUCCGCACCCUCCCCGAGCUGAUCGGCGCCUACCAGCACCCCAACAACGGGCUGGUGACCCCGCUGCUGCACGCCGUGCACCGCCCCGGGCCGGCCGAGGACUCGGACGGGGAGGAUGCCCGAGGCUGGGGGCACACUCUGCCGUGUCCCGGAGCUCCCCCCUCCAGCCGGACCCACAUCCCGCAGCAGCUGCACCAGAGGCUGCAGGAGCAGCUCCACAGCAGCCCGGCCAGUGACUCCAUGGGCUUCAUGGCCGAGUUCCUGACCCACCACGUGCAGGACCUGCAGGCUCUGUGCCACGGGCACCCGCAGCUGCGGCACCUCAGCACCGCGCUCGCCACCGCCUGCCGGGCGCUGCACAGUGAGAUCGACUUCACGCUGGCGGGUCUGGAGACCGUGGCUAGGGUGUUCGACCCCCCUGCGUCCCCUCGCAGCCCGGCCAGGGAGCAGGGUUUCCUGAGCAGCGAUCCAGACCUGGAGCUGCUCCUCAGCAAGAUCUCCACUGUCAACCACCUCCUCUCUUCGCUGGAGAAGAAGGUGCUGAAGUCACUACAGGAGACGGUGACAAGGCACAACCUGGCACUGCCCAGCACGGCCAUGGCCCCCCAGCCAGCUGCCAGACCCCUGGCCAUGCAGAACUUCGAGGUGAAGGUGGGGAAGUCGCAGCGUGCGGCCCUGAUGGUGGAUGUGGAGUCGGGGACAGUGACUGUCACCAAGCGGGGCAGCGGCUCCCUGGAGGAGGUGAUCACACACGACAAAAUCCUGCAGCUGAUCAAGUACCAGAGCGUGCAGAGCAAGGUGAGGCUGGUGUGUGCCCGUGAGAACCAGAAGAGCCUGAGCAGGGAUUUCAUCUUCCCCAGCGCACGGAAGAGAGAGGCUUUUUGCCAGCUGCUGCAGCUGAUGAAGAUCCAGCAUUCCAACCUGGAUGAGCCUGAGAUCAUCUCGGUGUAUGUUGGGACAUGGAACAUGGGCAGCACCCCCCCACCCCGCUCCCUGGCCUCCUGGCUGACCUCCAGGGGCUUGGGGCGCACGCAGGACGAGACCACAGCCUGCAUCCCCCACGACAUCUACGUCAUCGGCACCCAGGAGAACUCGCUGGGCGACCACCAGUGGGUCGAGUUCCUCUGCGCCUCCCUCAAGACCCUCAUGGCCAUCGACUACCGAGUGGUGGCCCUGCAGUGCCUGUGGAGCAUCAAGAUGGUGGUGCUGGUGAAGCCGGAGCACCAGCGGCGCAUCAGCCACGUCCACACCUCCAGCGUGAAAACCGGGAUCGCCAACACGCUGGGGAACAAGGGAGCUGUGGGCGUCUCCUUCCUUUUCAACGGGACCUCCUUCGGCUUCGUCAACUGCCACCUGGCCUCUGGCAGCGAGAAGACCCACAGGCGUAACCAGAACUACAGUGACAUCCUGCACUCCCUGGCCCUCGGGGACAAACGUCUGGGGGGCUUUGACCUCACCCUGCGCUUCACCCACCUCUUCUGGCUCGGGGACCUCAACUACCGCCUGGACAUGGACGUGCAGGACAUCCUCGCCCACAUAGUCAAGAAGGAGUUUCAAGCCCUCCUGGCUGUUGACCAGCUCAACCUGGAGCGGGAGAAGAACAAGGUGUUCCUGCGGUUCAGUGAGGGUGAGAUCUCCUUCCCUCCCACGUACCGGUACGAGCGGGGCACCCGGGACACCUACGUGUGGCAGAAGUCCAAGCCCACAGGGAUGCGUAUCAACGUCCCCUCGUGGUGUGACCGCAUCCUGUGGAAGUCACACCCGGAGACCCACAUGGUCUGUAACUCCUAUGGCUGCACCGAUGACAUCGUGACCAGUGACCACUCGCCUGUCUUUGCCACCUUUGAGGUGGGAGUGACGUCGCAGUUUGUGCCCAAGGAGGCUCCUGGCUCCAGCCCCGAGGCGCUGGCCUGCAUCGAGUGGGAGAGCAUCGAGGUGAUCCUGAAAACCACCAGCCGCAGCAAGUGCUACAUCGAGUUCCACUCCUACUGCCUGGAGGAGAUGCAGCGGAGCGGGGAGAACACCUUCCAGAGCUGUGACAUCCCUGGCUUCCUCAAACUGGGCUGGUCCUGCAAGCAUCUGCCUGUGCUGAACCCCAUCCUGCCCGACCUGGAGUACCUGGGGGACCAGCACCUGCUCCUCAGCAUCAAGGGCGUGGAGAGCUGCGAGUCCUAUGGCGAGUGCUGCCUCGCCCUGAGGUCAGCCAUCGGCAGCACGGCCCAGCAGUUCGAGACCUUCCUGUUCCACCGAGGCGAGGAGACGGGCUCGGUGCGCGGCUGGAUGCGGGUCCGGGUCCCCCGGGGCCGCUGCGGCACCCGCGAGCGGCUCUACGAGUGGAUCAGCUUUGAGGAGGAGGAUGCUGAGCCGGCGGCAGAGCCCCCGAUGUGCCCGCAGCCACCCCCGCGGCGCCUCAGGAGCCGCCCCCGCAGCCUCCCGGAGCCGGCCAGCGGCUACACCAACCCCGCCUACUUCAUCUUCGAGGGGAUCCCCAACGCGUGGCUCCCGGGCCCCGGAGAAGCCCCCAAAAAGCCGGCAGAGCGCCCGGCCGGGGAGCAGCGGUGCCGGAGCCCCGCUGGCCCGCAGGUCCCGCUGCCCUCAGAGGAGGAGCCGUGGUGUGGCCGGCCCCGCUGUGGGCCACCGAGCCCGUCCCGUGGGCACGCACUCAGCCCCCGCAGAGCGGGCCACCACAAGAGACCCAAGUCGGCCGUCCUGACGAGGGACACGGCGGGGCUGGGCGACUGCUCGCUGUAUGUGGCCACUCAGCUGGGCCAGCUGGACCAGGUAUCACCUCAGGGCCGGGGGGACAGGCAGAAAACCCACCCGGUCCUGGAGCCGCCACCGCGGCCCUGCCGGGAGGGGCCGAGACCGCUGGGCAAGCGCGGAGCGCCGGGUGCUUUGGACCUGCAGGCUCAACCUCCUCCUCCCUCCGACCUGCAGCCUGCCGAGAUGUAGCGACAGCCGUGCCCAGCCCCGUGCCCCCCGGCAGCUGCUCCCUCCUGCUCUGCCCUGCCCUGCUCACACCGUCUUCCCGGAGGACUUUCCCCGCAGCGCAGCUCCCGUGGCUCCUUUUGCUAUCGCUAUCCUGAAUAAAGUGUCGGGG